CAGCUCGGCUGCCGAGUAGCGAGAGGCGCAGGCGAGCUCUCCUCGAUCCAAGCUGCCGCUGCUCCAGUUCAUCCCCGCGGACGCCGCGCCGGCCGCGCCAACGGAGCCGACGGACAGGAUGGGCCUCGUCUCGUCGACCCUCAUGGCUGCGCUCAGGCUGUCCUGGAUCUGCCAGAAGCUCCUCGACCCCAGAUACAGUUGCAUCGAGGGAGGCGGCGAGACGGUUCCGGUGCGGAAGCCCCUGGAUGGCCCAGCCGCGUCAGCGACUUCCACCGCGCCGGUCACGUCCGAGCAACAGGCUGCCGCGACGGACUCGGCCGCAGUCUCGGAGCAGGGCCUCGCCGUCGCCAGCAAGAUGAACUCGGCCCUGGCGACCGGCAAUAAAUCGCCGGAGAACAACAACUCGCUGCACCAGGAGAACCGCAACAGGCGCGCGGCGCAGCUCAGGUUCAAGACCCGGCCGUCGAGCUUCGACGCGGCCCUCAUAGUCCGGGGUAGGAGCAAGAACUCGCUCCUCCUCGCCCCGACGCAGCCCUGCAGUCCGCUGAGGAGGAGGCGCAACGCCGCCCCCGCCGACUGGGACGACGCCAGCUCGUCCUCCGGAUGCUCCUCCGACCCUGGCUCGGCUUCCGACUCCGAUUCGGAGACCGAGCUGAGAGUCAGCGAGAACGUGAGCAACGAGGAGGGCAGCAAGCCCAUCGGCAUGUCCGCCGAGGAGGAGGAAGCCUUCCGGCUGACCGUCGGCCGGGGCCACUUUUCGCGCUCGAAGAAGGACCGCUUCCUCAACCACCUGAGGCUCGAGAAGCGGCUCAACGACCUCAACAACGACUACUUUGGCCUCGCCUGCAAGGGCCACCACCACCACCACCACCACCACCGACACCGCCACCUUCAGAGACGCCACUCCGGCGACCUGCACCGGAUCGUCUGAGCGCCGGCAGUAUUUUCGGAACGAGCUCGAGAGGUCGCCCACGGGCUCUCCCGCAACGAUAUUCGUACUUAACCGUCGACUACAAAGCGAGCGACCUCUCGAGACCGCCCAAGUUUUCUCCGAAGCGCCGAGUCUCGCUCCCGCACAGAGACAAUGUCCACGCGUACAAUAUUGAUAAAAAGACUUUACGCGAGAGGUGUGAGUGCUGAGUGUGCGCGUACGCGAGAUAAUGACGAACGAAGAGGCGGGACGGCUAUCGAACAGCGAACGCAAGACUGAACCUUUUUCGUUUGAAAACUCGUUGACAAAGUGAGCCGACGACGACGACGACGACGACGACGACGAUGAUGACGACGAUCGAUUAACAAUUACGAAGGCUCCAGUGAGAAAGAUUGUACAUAUCCUUACUGACAAUUGUUAUAGAUGAAGCGUGUUGUUACUAGUCUGUUGUUGAAAUCUGAGGCGUGUGCGAAAACGGCUUUUUUUGGAAUUCUCAUGACGUUGCACACGAUUAACUUUAGGGUGAACGUUUUGAUAGGACAUAACGACAGAAAUGUGUAUUCGCGAGCACAUGCGCGCGUUCGAGUGCUCCAUAAUAAUAAGGUAAAUAUUGUUUGAAAACGUCGAAAAAAAAUUGAUUACAAGCGAUGACAGUGAAAUUAACAGCCGGUUUAGAUUAUAGGCGAUUAGAUUAGAGGAAAAGUGCGAAUAGUUUUGUUGCGAGCCCCGUCGUAAGUGAGAUAUAUAAACGCGAAGCCGAUAUGACAAUAAAUAAAUAUAUAUAUAUACAAAUAUAAUUGAAGGACGAUUCCGUUGAUGUUUUGCGUGCCGACUAAGGUACUUUCGAUCUUUUAUAUCUUCCUGAAAAUGGCUCGGGUUGCGUUUAUCAGCGGAUCGUCGGAUAAUCGCUUCUACGAAGCGGAACUUGUGAUUGCUCGAAAAUGUUUACGUAACGUCUUUCAUCCGAGUCCGCCUUCUAAUUUUGACAAUCUCGCGGAUGAAAGAGCCAAGUUAGUUCUGUGCUCGCUGUCGAGCUCAAACUCGCCUAUCGACACGAGAUCGCGAAUUGAUGUGCCUUACAAUCGAGACCAAUUACACGAAUCCGUCCGCGAUUUCUUCGGGCAGAAAUGACAAAAUCUCAGUGUCCAACGACGACCGUGACUGUAUUCCGCGUGAAAUGUCGACGUCGCUGUUUCACCUGAUCGACAGUGACGUCGUUGCUCAGCAUAUCGAGCGCGCGCAGAGAAACUUUGUAUUUUUAUUUUUGCUAAUAAAUAUUUGUCGAAUUUAUCUUACAAACAGCCGAGCACUUUACUCCGUACCCGAUACCAACCCGUAUCAUCCGUAGCAAUGCAGAGCAGCUCUCUUACCAGCAGUAGCUAUAGACUCGAGUGUAUACAGCGACCCGCGUUCGCCGAACAGCCGCUCGAGUCAGUCUCGUCGCGCCGCGGCGUCUGCUCGUCGUCGACCGAAUUAUAUACAGAUCCCUCGCGCGACUGCAGCGCAUAUGCAAAAAAGGCCGCAGUAGUCGUGCUGUGUUGUUAUCGCGCGUCGAACGUUAACCUCGCGUACAGCUGAAAAAAAAUGACCGCCUCGCUGGCUCUGCUGAUAGUUUUGGCGAGUCUUUUUCAAAGUCAUCGGAUCUACGCCGAAAACACGACGACGUCACCAGUUCCCGUGGUCCUCUGGCAUGGCAUGGGCGACAGUUGCUGCUUCUCCUACAGUCUCGGCCAGAUAAAGACAAUCUUGGAGGACAACAUUCCCGGGGUCUACGUCAAGUCCAUUAGAAUUGGAAAUAACGUGAUAGAGGACGUGGAAAACAGCUACUUCAAGAACGUGAACGAGCAGGUGCAGCAGGUCUGCGACGAGCUGGCCCAGGACGAGAAGCUGACGGGCGGAUUCAACGCCAUUGGAUUCUCGCAGGGGGGACAGUUUCUGAGAGCAGUCGCCCAGAGAUGCGGCCCUCCGCAGAUGAUGAACCUGAUAUCCCUGGGAGGUCAGCACCAGGGCGUCUACGGUCUGCCGAACUGCGCCUCGCUUCAGCACUACCUGUGCAACCACCUGCGGCAGGUCCUGCACUACGCGGCUUACUCCAAGUACAUCCAGGAGAAGCUGGUCCAAGCCGAGUACUGGCACGACCCGCUCAAAGAGGAAGAGUACAAGAAAAACAGUGUCUUCCUAGCCGACAUUAACAACGAGCUGCGCAUCAAUGAGACGUACAAGGAGAACCUGCAGAAGCUGAAGAAUCUGGUGCUAGUCAAGUUUGAGAAAGAUACGAUGGUCGAGCCGAGGAUCUCCGAGUGGUUCGGCUUCUACAAGUCCGGGCAGGACGUCGAGAUUGAGACGCUCCACGAGUCGGCCUUGUUUAUCGAGGACCGACUGGGACUGAAGCAAAUGGACGCCGAGGGUAAACUGCACUUCUUAUCGGUGGAUGGCAACCACCUGCAGUUUACCGACUCUUGGUUCGUCGGAAACGUCAUCGAGAAGUACUUGAAGUGAAGCUUGAAAUGCUACGUUAUGCAAUAUAAUAAAAUUAAGACUGUGUAGAUUUAAUCGAUCAAGAUAUUUUUGUACGUGUUAUUUGUUAACUCGACGCAUCGAUGAAAGUUAAUAAAUUUACGAUUUUUACGAUAAAA